AUAAGUUUAAAUCUUUCGAAUGCUCACAGGUUUUGGUCGAGGUUUUCCGUUACCUAUUUCACGGUCGGUUCAAGACGCCUUGUGAUUUUCCUCGAAUAUUUUUGUUGACCAAAAGUACCUUCUACAGCAUGUAAUAUGAGUUUCCAAAGACCGAGCGAUAGAAAUCCUUCUGGUUCUCGUGGUGCAGCGAAAGGUUUGACAGAUACCGAUGCUGGCAAAAGGUUGGAAUUCGUUGCACCUUAUCGAGAUACAGGACCAAACGUACAGUCAGAUUCUGCAGACAGCAGCCUAAGCAACUCCUUAGGAAUCAUUUAUGACCGAGGUGCAUGCAUGGCAAAUUUGGUAUGUUCACAAAAUCAUAGUCAGUUUAGCGAUAUAGCAGACUCAUUGUCAAGGAUGAAAAUCAAUGCUGAAAACAAGCCCGAAUGUCAUUCUAACAUGUCAGAAAAUUCGACAACCAGAGAUAAAUUUCAUUCAAAUUCUAUUAUAUCCAGAAAUACACCAGAAGAUAGUAUUUACCACAGAACAGUCAAUUCUCUAGCAGAUACAAGGUUUUCUGAAAUUUUGGCUGGUCGGUUGAAUGAUAGGGAACAUGUUGAAGCCUCCGGAGAUGAUCAAAGUUUAUUGAACAUUGCAAUUCACGAAUUCACAGAGAACAAUGUAACUGUAAUACAGCCUACCUCUGAUGGAGAGUUUGGUGAAAAAGAUUCAUAUCUAUCAGCCUCGUCAUCACAUAUGGACAGUGAAUAUGAAAGAGAUGCCUUAGAAAGUGAAGGUUACCGCAUCAGAAAUAGAUCGAAAUAUCAUGUGAAUUUUACUAACGCUGAAGAACAAGGCUUGUAUACUUCAGAUAAAAUUGGCAAACACAAAAAUCGUCAACAGCCAAGGAUAAUAUCUGACGAAACGGUGAACUUUCAUGUCAAUUUAGUAAAACCGCUUUUAAAUAGACACGAAGAAAGCAUGUCUAAGGAUAAGAAUGACAACAUAGAAAAGAAUACUACUGUCGAUAAUUCAGUCAAAGAGCACAUGUUCAUUUCUACGAUCAGUAAGUCUGAACAAUUGAUUACUGCCGAUAUACGUACACCAAAUUUGCGUGCUCUGCAAUCUGUCGAAGGCUGUCACAAGUCAUCUACAAAAGUUGGUGUCAAUGCAGAUACCUAUGGCAGUGAACUGAUUACAGACAUAUCAAAUUUAUCAGCAAUAUGCAAUUCCAAAGUAAACUCGACAGGCUACCAUGAGGUAAACACUUCUAAAGCUAAAAUAUUCAGAAGAUUAUCUCAACAAUUCUAUCAAUCACCAACAAAAUUUACGGAAGACUUGAUUACGCUAAUCGAAGAAUCUGUGUUGCAUUCUAAGCUUGAAGAUGUUCAUGCUUCGGAUGUCAGUUUGAGCAGACUGACAGAAGAAUUCAGGAAAAUCUGUCAGUACAAAAGAAUUGAAGAUGAGUCUGUGCCUGAGUCUGCUUUUGGCACAUCAUUUCAAAUCUUAUCUUCUCAAUCAGGAUUAAAAAAUCAAACUGUCGGCAAUGUUAGCUCCACAAAUGCAGUGGCAGCACUAUCGCCCAAGCAUAAUUUUACCAAAUUUGGUGGGGGCAAGAAAGUUUAUCGCAAAACGCCCAGACGAGUGAUUAAACCAUGCAGUAUGCCAAAUUGUGCCAACGUUUCACCUGGAACACCAAAAACUACUUCAGACACUAAUUACAUUCCUGAUGUCAAUAACAGUACUGCAACUUUUGAGCUCUUUGAAAAUUUAUGUUGUGCUAAUUCGCCUACUAAACAAGAACAGAGAGUUCAGAUGGCCGAUUUAGAUGUCACUGAAAUUCUGAACAUGGAAGAUUACAUACGAAAGAGUGACAGGCAAAUGGCUGCCCUUGAGGAAAGCAUUCAAUUUCUCGAAGAAAUUGAAAAUGGGGUAAAGCAGUUUUCCCACAAUGAAAAUGUACAACCAACCUUGAAAGAGUCUGAAGCUCAGAGUGGUACAACAGUGGUUGAAAAUAAUGGGCCUAAUGAGAACAAUAUGGAGGUGAAUGGAAAAGGAAAUUGUCAGAAAAUUGAUAAAAAUUGUGAAGUUCGACUAAUCGAAAAACGAAGUAAAUGCUUUGAGGAAGCUCGUAAAGUAUUUGAACAGCAGCAGAGUUCUGUGAAUGUUAAAUGCACGAGUAAAGUAUCAGCUUCACAUGAAAAUCAAUCCUUGUUGGAGUCCGUCUCCAAUGCUGGAUUUGUAAGCACACUUUCAGCAUGCGUGGAUUAUUUUGAUGAAAUAAGGGCUAUACGGAACUUUCAGAAAUCAUUGCAAUGUAUACUCGAAUGUUCAGAGGAGACUGAAUCAGUCAAAGAAAGUACAGAAGAUUCCAGGCAGUUGGAAUAUGUUGAAGCCAUUAUCCUGCCAAUAAGAAAUCGUGACAAUAUACCAGGUCCAAAAUCGUCGGCGACUUCAAAACCAGAUCCUGACCUUGGAAAAUCGAAUUUGAUUACGCAAACUCAUCUGUAUCUGUCUGGUAGUCCAAGAUCACCUAACCCUGGAGACCGACUCAAAAGUCCAAUGAAAAGUCGUCGUCUGUCACCUGGUGGCAGGCGUUCACCUGGCACCCAAGCAUCUUCUGUAUUGGCAAAAAAAAUCAAAAGCCCCGUAUCGCCAUCAAGAAGGCAAAAUUCGCAUAGAGUUAAAACUAACGGGCGCACACCGCAAUCGGAGAUUACAACGCCUGAAAAUCGGAGAAUCAACUGUGAGAAUAAACAAAGGGCAUUGUCUGGUCGAUCGAGAAAUAAAUCUACUGCACAUCUAUCAUUGAAAUUGAAGCCCGCAGCUAGUUCUCCCGGCCUCACAGAUGUAACCAAUAUCAAUAAACCACAGAUAAUACCAAAAAUCGUUAUAACAAAUUCAACUCCUUGCGAUUUUGAAAAAAAAUCUGUCUGCUCAAGGAAUACUUAUGAGAAUGUCGAAAUCGAUUGUAGGAAAGAACUUGGCUUUUCUGAAUCAGUCACACCGAAAGUAAGGAAAACAAGAUACUUCGUUACACCAACAAAUAGCAACCAACCGGCGCGUGCCAAAAUUACGUACAAUAAAAAAUUCUUCGAUUUUCGAACACCGGCCAAAUAUAAAGUUCCUUCGAAGAGUCCGUCCUCGCCAGGAAUAAUGAGAGUAAAUUAUGACUCAGUUGAGAGUCCGGUGGCAAUGUACAUAAAAGGCACCGAACCGAAUCUUAUAAAAAAUGUGAAAAGCAAGACCAACGAAAGAAUGCUGACUCCACGAUCUAUAACUCCAAAAUCAAGAUCUAAGGUUAGCUCGCCGAUACUUGCUAGGUCUCCACGAUUGUCACCAACACGAGAGACUGCAAGAUUGAAAUUCGAACUCAGUCCUGCAAAAAGAAAGAAAGGAAAACAAGAGUUCAGUGACAUUUUUAACACUGCGCUAUGUGAGAGUGAUCCUUCAUCAAUCAUUGGUACAGAAUGCAUAUCCAAGUCACCAUUUCCAAACAUCUUCUAUAAACCAGCGUCCUGUGUAAAAAUGGUCGAAGAAACUCUACCGAAGAAACGUAGACCAAAGGUCUUGGCAUCCGGAGUUGUCGCGAAGUUGAUUUACCGUCAUGAAGGACGCCUCGAAUCAACGAAACAAGCACCGAAACAAGCACAGAUAGCAGAUUCGCGUCGGGCAGCCCAUUUCGACACAACAAAGAGUUCGUCACAAGAUUCAGGAGAUAUAUCUGUGCUGCAUCAAAGGCACGCCACGAAAACGAAUUAUUUGAUAAAGAAGAAAUGAAUACUCCGUUACUUUAUUUGAGAUCUAAAGAUGCUUUACUUUUGUUUAUUUUAAUUAUUAAUAAUUUUGUUUUUAAUUACCUUAUUCGCGUCAAAUUUAUAAUACAGAUAUAUGGAUCGGUACUUCGCCAUCAUUUGAUUUAUAGUACCCAUUGUCCAAAAAUUAAAAGUUACUUUCAAAUCUUGAUUACGUGAUAGGGUUUCAGUUUUAUUAGGUUACUCUAAUGUUGUAAAAACAACAAUUUUUGAAACUUUACGUAAUUGAAAAAGAAGAGAUACUUUCACGAUACUCGAACAAAUUAUCUGAUAUAUACAUUCCGUUAUCAUACAUUCCAUAAAUAUUUUAUUAUUUUAACGUAUAAUAUAAGCAUCUUGUUAUACCUCUAUAUCACGUAUCAUAAAACUAUUUCCAAGUUACCUUAUUUUCAUUUAUUAAAGUUUUACGAUUUAAGUCGCAUGCAGUAAGCAAGUACGUAGUACAAAAAGUGUAAGAAAUAUACUUGGGAAACAGGACCCUCCAUAUUUUCUGAUUGUACUACCAUUAGUGCGGAAGGUAGCGUUGAAAAUGAAAAACUCAUAAUAUGCCGGCUGAUUUUGAUAUUGAUAGUUCAUCUCGUAUAAUUAAUCAGUUUCGAUUUUUAGUUUUCUUUCUUGGGAUCAAUAUUUUAGGACCUCACCCGUUUCCGCACUACCGCAGGAAUAGCGAGUUCCGCUACUUUUCGUUUAUUCUUAAUGAAGGUUCAUCAAAGAGCCUGGCAACUACUCCUUUGCAGCUAUAAGUAAUACAAGUUGAAAAGACAAAUAUUUUCUAAAUUUUAAUUGUAUAAUCGAAGUAAGUCUUAUAACAAACUAUCUCCAUGAAUCCAAGUAAUAUAAUAUGUGGAUACAUGUAUAAUAAUUACUAUAGUAAUAAUUUUUUCAAGUUUUAUAAAUUUUCAUAAAUGUUUAUCUAUCAAUAAAUGGUGGAAUAUACAUGUA